UAGAAAAAGAAGAAAAAAGUCGAAUACUUAAUAAAAAAAGACUUAAAAAUGUAAAAAAUGAAAUACAAACAGAAAUAACCAUGGAUAUCGAAGAAAAUAUGGAACAAGAAUCUAUUGAAAUACAAGAAAAAUUUAAAAAAAUAAAAAUUGAUAUUGAAGGAAAUAGACAGCUAGAGUUAAAAGAUAAAAUGAAAAAUGAAGAUGAAGGAAAAAAAUCAUCCAAGUCGAAUAAUGACAUACAAACAGAAUCAAACAAAAACGUUCAAAAUGAAGGUAAUAAAGAAAAAUAUGAGGUUAAAAAAGAAGUAGUAAAUGAAUGUGAAGAAGUUGUACUACUUAAUAAUGAAGUUGUUAUUGAAGUGAAAAAAGAAUUUAAUAAUGAAAUAUACCUAAAAUCUGAAUCAUACAAAAAAUUAGACACUGAAAUGCUAGUUGACCCAACAUUUUUACAAGAAUCUCAUGGAAUUGUGCAAGAAAAACAACAAAAAACUGAAAAAGAUUCAGAAAUAGGAUUAAAUAUUGGUAUUAAAAUUAACCUAGUAUCUCAAAAUAAAUUAGAUGUUAUUGUUAAAAAAGAAUUUAUAGAAAAUCAGCAAAUAUUUGAAAAUUUAACAGAUGUACAGUUAAUGAUACAAGUUGAUAAUUCAGAACUUCAACAAGAACUUGAUAGAGAAGUACAAGAAGAGUUAGAUAUAGAAAAACAAGUAAUACCAGGCAGAUCUAUAAAAAUUGAAUUAAACAUUGAAGUAAAACCAAAAUCAAAAAAUCAACCGCAACUUGAUAUUAUAGUUCAAAAAGAAAUUGAUAAAAAAAAACAACUUAUAUCUAAGACAGAUCAAGAAACAAACAUGGAAAUUGAAGAAUUGGAUAAAAAUGUACUUAAGAAGUCAGAAAAGCAACAAAAUAUUGAUGAAAAAAAAGUAAAUGAGUAUGUAGAUGAUAAACUUGAAGGGUUGGAUGAAAAUAAGAAACAUACAUUUUAUGAAAAUACACCUCCAGUUGAUAAAAAUAUUCAAGUAGAAUCUAAUGAUGAAAAUAAGAAUCAUACAACAAUAAUAGGGCAACAUUUUGAAUGUGAUUUACAAUCUGUAACAAACAGUGAAUUAAAAAAAAAUACCAAAGAAGACCAUUUAGAAUCUAAUAACAUUUCACAAGAACAAGUGGAUAAAGAAAUACUUUUAGAAGUAGAAAAAGCUUUAUAUGAUCACAAAAUUAUUUUAGGACAAGAGGCUAGAGCAAAAAAAAAAAUUCAAGACCAAGAUAUAGAAACAGAUAUAGAAACAUUUCAUGGAGAAAUUGUGCAAGAGAUUGAGAAACUUAUGAGUGAUGAUCAACAAGAAGAAAUACAACCAAAUUUAAUAGAAUCAAUAAAUGUAAUAAAACAAAAAAUUGAAGAAUUAAAAAUAAAAAUUGACGAGUCAGUACAAAAAUAUGAGGACGAAGUACUAAAAGAAAUAAAUAUGACACUUGAUAAAACCAACAGCCCAGUAGUUCUAGAAAAAUUUCUUAUAGAUCUUAAUUUACUAUUUAAAAAUCAAGAAGCCCCAUUCUUAAAAAAAUUAGAACAAGUAUAUCAGUUAUUUCCUCCGGAAAUAUUUCUAUCUUUUGAAAAAUCAACAGAACACGAAACAGACAUAUUUCAGGAUUUUGGCAAUAUAUAUGAAAAUUUCAAUGAAAAAAUACUGCAUACAUGUGAUGAUGAAGUAAAUAUAGAUGUGAACAGAGUAAACCAACAAAAAUUAAAUGAAGAAAUACAAGUUGCCAAUGAAAUACAGCAUGAGGUUAAUAUAAACGAAGAGCAAGUUUGUGAUGGAAAUUGUAAAUUUUACCAGGAAAUAAAAAGAAUUCUUAGAGAAAGACAAGGAACUAAUGAAAAACUACAGACAAACGUAAAAAUGACAAAUAGUCCAUUACAUUUUCCUGAUGAAAAAAUAUUCAAAGGAAAAAAUGGUGAUUAUUGUUAUGUAUUAGUAGAUUUUGAAAGAGUUAAUCAGCGAACAAAUGAUGGACAGUUACAAGAGGUGGUAAAAAUAUCAAAUAUAGGUUAUUUUAAAAAGUCAAUGGAAAAUUACCUAGACAUACUAAAAAAUGCUCAAGAAAAAAAAAAUGGUCAAUUACAAUUUGAGAAUAAAGUGAAAGAAAUAGUAGACGAUUUAACUCAGAAAUGUAAUGAUUGUAAGACUAAUUUGAUUAAAGCAGAAUUUCCUGUUCAGUUUGGCGUGGAAACAAAAGAUAUAAUCAAUGAAGAGUCUGAUGAAAUAAGACAACAUUUUGAAGAAGAAUUAAAUAUAAAAUCCAAAGCAUAUAAAACAAUGAAAGAAAUUCAGCAAAAUGUCGAAGAGAAAAUGGAUGUAGUUAAUAAUUUUCAAAAUUAUGAAAGUAAAGUACAAGAUGAGCCUGUUGUAUACAUUAACAAUUCAGAAGAAGAAAUACAACUAGAAGAUGAAAAUAAUUUGCUUGAAGAAAUACAAGUAGAAGAUACAAAAGAUUCUUUUCUAUGUGUUAGGGAUUCGGAAGAAGAAACAAAACUAGAGACUGAAGAAGAUUUUGAUAUUUGUAUUGAUGAUUCUGAGGAAGAAAUAUCACUUAUGUACGACGAAGAACCACUACAAUAUGAUGAAGAAUCUGAAGAAGAAAGUGAAAUGUUAGGAAUAGUAGACGAAAAUGAAGUUACAGAAAUAAUCGAAGACUAUAUAUCAGAAUCUAUUCCUUCAAUAACCAAUUUCAGUCCUAAUAAUGAAGAAUCUUCAUCAACUAAAGAAUCUUUAUCCUCGGAAGAAUCUUCAUCUAUAGAUAAAUCUUCGUCUACAGAUGAAUCUUCAUCUACAGAUAAAGAAGAAUUUAAUUCUGUUGAAAACCUAUCAAGACGUAAAGAUAUGCUACUUAGAAUAGCAAAACUAAUUAAUGACGAACACAAUUUCAAUGGAAAAUUAAAAUAUCAAAAAAAAAAAAAAAAUUAUGGUAGAAAAAAAAUUGAUGAAAAACCAAAAUUAGAUCCUAAUAGAGGAGAAAAUGCUAUUCAAGAGCAUAAUGAUCAUAUGGCUGAUAUGUUUGAUGAGGAAUACCAAGAAUAUUAUCAAAUUAAAGAGGAUGUGACUCGUUUUAAAAUGGAUGUUGAAAAUUUGAUGCAGAUUGAAACAUUUGAAAAACUUCAACAAAAUAUGGAUGAUAAUGAAAUUAAAGAUAUUCUAAAUAAUAAAGAUUUUCCAGAAGAGAUUGAUGAAGAAGUAUAUCUACCUAAUCAUUCCGAUAUUCUCAAAGAUGUUAUUAAAUUACAAUGUGAUAUCGAUGAAUUAAAACCAGUAUUUGAGGAUAAUAUUUAUAUUCCAUUAGAAAUUGAAACAGAUACUCGAAAUCAACCUUCAACGACAGAACCUUUUAAUUUAUUUGAAAAAUUAUAUUCUAUACAUAGAAAAAAAAUUCUCGAAUUUGUUGAUUCUAAUACAUGGCCUUAUAAUUGUCUUGUUCCAUCAGGUUUAUUGGAUGCUUUAUAUGAUGAUCCUUUAGAAUUUAAACCUAAUGCACUAGUAAUUACAUUGUAUUGUGUAGAUAUUGGAUUUUCAACAAAAAUAACUAAAAAUAAAAAUGAACUACCAGUUGAAACUUUUUACUGUUAUAAGAAAGAUGAAAUAUUAUUAAGUUUUAUAGAAAAUGAAAAAUUACCACCACAAUUACUGGACUCAUUAAAUGAAGCUGAACCAAAUUUAUUUUAUAGUGGAUGCGUUAUAGCAGAAGUUCAUGAUUUACGAAAUGGUACUUUGGAUCAGAUAGGUCGAAUUUUAUUGCGUCCUUGUAAUGAGUCGGUUUUAAAAGAUACAAAGAAUAUAAUGGAACUAUUUAAAGAUAGAGAUUGGACAUAUGAAAGUAAAUUAAAGCUGGAAAGUAAAAUUUUAUUAUUAAAUUACUCAGUAAUGUGUGGAGGUGUAUUACCUGCUACUGGAGCAGCAGUUAAUUUACAACAUUUAUUAUUAAGUGCUCGUAAAUUAGAAUUUAAUCCACUUAAAAGAAAAUAUUUUUCUUCAAAAUUAAAUACGGAAACGGAUUUGGUUGAUGAUUACAACAAAUCUGAGUCAACAAAUGAAUCACAAAUAUCUUCAGAUUUGAUGGAUAAUGCAAAUGACAACGUUUAUUAUAUUUUAUGGAAGUUUGACUAUCGUUUACCAUCACAAUCAUUUAAUAUUUUUAAAUUAUAUGUUAUUAUUAGUUCAUUAAAUCCAGAAUUUUCUAUAUUAUUAUACUUUAAUUCAAAAUUUAGAUCUAUAACUAACAUAAGAUUUAAAAUUAAUCUUGAAACAAAUGAAAUAAAAACUUAUAUCAUGCAGAUAUUAAGUGUUAUUCAUCAAAAAUUAAGUCCUGAUAUUGAAGUAAUUCGAAGGUAUAAAUGUGAUGAAAAAUCAUCUGCUCGAUCUGUUACGUGUAUUCCAGCAUUGUUUGAUAACAACAUUUAUGAUCCUAAUUAUGCAGAUAUGAGUCAGUUGAUAAAUGAGUUGUUAAAAAAUAAGUCUGAAAGUCAAUCUAAUGUAAUUGAAUGUAAUGAAAUAGAAUCUCCUAUUAUGCCAAUUAAUAAGUUGUCUGGUGAUACUCAAAAUACUGAAAUAAAUUCAAUAGCUAGCAAACAGAUGGAUCAUACUAUUCAUUUUAGGGACGCUAACAAUUUAACAAGAAAUUCAAAUACAGAUAUAAAUAAGUUUGAUAUUGAUCUGAGAAGAUAUAAGAUACCAAUUUCUGAAUUAAAAAUGUUAGAUAAGAAGUCAAAUUUUCAUAUAACUGAAUCAUUAUUAAUCAACACAAAAUUUGCUGAUUCAUCAACAUUAAAAAGUCCAAUAACAUCGUUUGAUAUAGCAGUAGAUCAUGAUAAAAUGUUAUCAACAAAAGAAAGUUCAUUUAUUUCUGAGAUAAACUCUGAUGUUGAAUCAUCAUUAACUAGUCAAAUGUUGAUUGAUUCACUUGGUGAUACUUCUGUUAAUAUAAAUCAAGAAGAAUUAGGUUCACCAUCAUGUUCUAUGGAUGCAAUACCAUCAGUACAUAGUUCUACAACUAUAGUAUUAUCCAGUACUAUUAAUGUUUUAUCAUCAUUAUCAAGCCCUAUAACUGUAAUAGCAUCAGUACCAAGUUGUAUAACAGUGGUUUCAUCUACAACUUCAAAUAUGUCAUCUAAAAUAUCUAAAAAAUUAACAAACCAUAAAGAAUAUGAUGUAUACUUAGAUAACAACUUAAAAUCAGAGCAUUAUUCACCAACUAUGUAUGAUGUUAUGAAAUCUGACCCUAAGACAUUAUUGAAACAACCUAUAAGUUCUCAGUAUGAAGGAAAUAUUCCAGUUGUGAAGCAUGUGCAUAAAAAUGGAAUCUGUAUAAAAGGAUUGAAAACUGUAAUUAAUAGCAAAGCAUUACCUCUCAAAGCUAUUUUAAUACAGAAAAAUUCUUCAGAAAAAGAAACAACUACAGACCAUCAAUUAAAUUACAAUAAAAAACCAUUAAAACUUUCUGAUAUAUUACAUGCUGAUCCAUCUAAUUUGCAGGAAGUGUUCAAGAAAAAUGUUCCUCGUGAUCAGGUCAGCGCGAAGAGAAUGCAAUAUAUAGAAUAUGAUGAUUCCUUUCUUCAAUAUCAAACAUUGAAUAAUAUGAAAUCAUUUAAAGUGGAUACAACCCCAUCCAUAAACAAAAUGAUAGUAGAAGAUUCAUUUCAAGAAACAAAUAAUCAACCUACAUCUUCAGAUGUUGAAAAUUGUAAAGGAAUAAAGCGAAAACUAUCUACAUCAUGGAUGGAAGUGCCAUAAUAAGAAGGAAACUAUCUAAUGGUACUGCAAAGUUAUGGGUGCAUUGAUGUUGAUUAAAUUAUAGACUGAAUUUUUGAUUUAAUUUUAGUAAUAAAAUGUUUUGUAUGUAUCAAUUCCUAAUUUAUUUUAACAUUUAGU